AUGCACUGUAGUGGCACACUUGAAGUUAUAGCUGAAGUUCAUACACCCAGCGAAAAGAAAUAUGGUGUCCUAACUACAGUAAAAAAUGAUUCCCUAAGGGUAAAAGUAGGCCGUCGUCGAACUGUUGACAGUAACAAUUCAUCAGAAAAAGAAAAUAUAGAGCCAAACAAAAUGAAAAGACCAAGGUUUGGAAAGAAACAAGUAAUGAAAAAA